UUGGGGAAGGGAGUUCCUUCCAAACCUGUCCCAAUUUUCAUGCCUUUUCUCUGUCCCUCUAUCCCUGUCUCCUCAGAUAAAACGUUAGCUGUGCAUUUUGACAAGCCAGCAGGACGAGAAACUCUUUACAUAAAGGAGGUGCCCACACCCAGCCCAGGAGAGGUGGAAGUCCUCCCGAAGGUGGCGGCCAGCGCCCUGAACCGGGCGGACUUCCUCCAGAGACAAGGCCAGUAUUCUCCUCCACCAGGAGCCAGCAGCAUUUUGGGACUCAAGGCAUCUGGACACGUGGCAGAACUGGGACCCAGCUGCCAGGGGCACUGGAAGAUCAAGGACCCAGCCAUGGCUCUGCUGCCUGGUGGGGGCCAGGCUCAAUAUGUCACUGUCCCCAAAGGGCUUCCCAUGCUCAUCCCAGAGGGAUUGUCUCUGCCCCAGGCUGCAGCCGUCCUGGAGGCCUGGCUCACCGCCUUCCAGCUGCUGCACUUCGUAGGCAAAGAGGCCCCCAACGCCCUGAACACCCUCUCCUACCAGCCCCGCCCUGUCACCUGAAGCUAACUGCUGACCCCACUCAGGCCUCCAGCUGCCCUACCCUCAACUCUGAGCCCCUCACUGAUACCCCAACACACCUUCACCUCU